AGCGCGCAAGGCAAACGUGAGCCGGAAGUCCGUCCUGACGAGCAGCCGUUGGCUUGUGACGCCUAACUCGCGCGCUGAGACUUGCGCCACGGGCCCUGAGACCUAAGUUCUGUGUGGGCCUGAGAAGCGGUCAGGUGGCGACGCUGCAGGCCUAUUAUUGCCGGGAUUUUGACGUGGGUUCGUCCAGCGGGAUUUGUAGCCCGGCGUCUCCCAGCCACAGCAGCCGUGGCCUACUGCUGUAUCGAGCCGAGAGCGUCUUUCAGGGCGGACGUAGCCGGGUUCGGGACCGCGGCCCUCUGGGGGCAUGGCUAUGGCUGCGGGUCCGAGCUCCCAGGAGGCAGAAGGGCUCCUGAUAGUGAAACUGGAGGAGGACUGCGCCUGGAGCCACGAGGUGCCCCCGCCCGAGCCGGAGCCCAGCCCAGAGGCCGCCCAUCUGCGUUUUCGACGGUUCCGCUUUCAGGACGCCGCGGGCCCCCGAGAAGCCCUUCGGCAGCUUCAGGAGCUUUGCCAUGGGUGGCUGCGGCCGGAGCUGCGCACCAAGGAACAGAUCCUGGAGCUGCUGGUGCUGGAGCAGUUCCUCACUAUCCUUCCCCAAGAGAUUCAGGGCAGGGUGCAGGAGCUGCGCCCAGAGAGCGGCGAAGAAGCAGUAACCCUUGUGGAGCGUAUGCAGAAAGAACUUGGGAAACUGAGGCAACAGGUCACAAACCAAGGGCGGGGAGCAGAAGUGCUUUUGGAGGAGCCUUUGCCACUGGAAACAGCAGGAGAGUCACCGAGCUUCAAGCUGGAGCCAAUGGAGACUGAGCGAAGCCCUGGCCCCAGGCUGCAGGAGCUGCUAGACCCCAGCCCCAAAAGGGACUCCCAGGCUGUAAAGGAGAGGGCAUUAUCUGCUCCCUGGCUCUCUCUCUUUCCUCCUGAGGGGAAUGUGGAAGAUAAGGAUAUGACUGGGACCCAGUUGCCCGAGAGCCUCGAGGACAUGGCAAUGUAUAUCUCUCAGGAGUGGGACCAUCAGGAUCCCAGUAAGAGAGCUCCCUCAAGGGAUAUGGUGCAAGAUAGCUAUGAGGCCAUGGGCACACUAGAGUCCUGCAUUUCCAGUCAGGAGAUCUCAAACACCCAGGUGGACCAAGGAGGGAAGCCCUGGGAUCCACGUGUACAGACUUGCAAGGAAGGCAUGAACCCUAGAAACCCAGUUCCAGGAGUGGAAAAGUUUGAGAACCAAGAAGGAAAUGUUGAGUCUGUUUCUCCUGAAAGUACCCAUCCUCCAAUACUGUUGCCUGGCCAGGCUAGAAGGGAGGUGCCCUGGAGCCCUGAACAGGGAAGACUUGAUGACAGAGAAGGACAUUGGGAAUGUCCCCCAGAGGACAAAAUAGAGGAGUCCUUAGUGGGAGCCCCAAGUUGUAGAGGACUGGUACAAGCAAAAGAACAACCUAAGAAACUCCAUUUGUGUGCCUUGUGUGGCAAGAACUUUUCUAAUAACUCAAAUCUAAUUAGGCAUCAGAGAAUACAUGCAGCAGAAAAGCUUUGUAUGGAUGUAGAGUGUGGUGAAGUCUUUGGUGGGCACCCACAUUUUCUGUCACUGCACAGAACACACGUAGGAGAGGAAGCUCAUAAGUGCCUUGAAUGUGGAAAAUGCUUCAGUCAAAAUACCCACCUCACCCGCCAUCAGCGCACCCACACCGGGGAAAAGCCCUUCCAGUGCAAUGUCUGUGGGAAAAGCUUCUCUUGCAACUCCAACCUCAACAGACACCAGAGGACACACACUGGAGAGAAGCCCUACAAGUGCCCAGAGUGUGGGGAGAUCUUUGCUCACAGCUCCAACCUGCUUCGGCACCAGAGGAUCCACACUGGAGAGAGGCCCUAUCGCUGUAGUGAAUGUGGCAAAAGUUUCUCUCGGAGUUCACAUCUUGUUAUUCAUGAAAGAACCCAUGAGAAAGAGAGACUCGAUCCUUUCCCUGAGUGUGGGCAAAGCAUGAAUGACAGUGCCCCCUUUCUCACAAACCACAGAGUGGAGAAGAAACUCUUUGAAUGUUCCACUUGUGGGAAAAGUUUUCGGCAGGGCAUGCACCUUACCAGACAUCAGAGAACGCACACAGGAGAAAAACCAUAUAAGUGUAUCCUUUGUGGGGAGAACUUCUCUCAUAGAUCUAACUUAAUCAGGCACCAGAGAAUUCACACAGGAGAAAAACCCUAUACCUGUCACGAGUGUGGAGACAGUUUCUCUCACAGUUCCAACCGGAUUCGUCACCUGAGAACCCAUACAGGAGAAAGACCAUAUAAAUGUUCUGAAUGUGGAGAAAGCUUCUCUCGGAGCUCACGCCUUACAAGUCAUCAAAGAACUCACACUGGUUAGAAAUGGUGGGAUUUCUUUUUGCCACAUUGUUGGCUGAAAACUGACUUAUCCAGAGCUGGUAUUCUUUGCUCAUUUUGGUGUAUUCUACUGAUAAUUAAUAUAAAGAGAAAAUGGGACUUUUUUUAAGGGAGAUGCAGAGGUGAAGAACUAGCUUAAAACUAAAAAGUUCAGUCUUUAGAAAUAAGAAUUUAAAGACUUUGAGGUAGCCUGCUCAAGGAUGGUUUUCUGUGAAGUCCAUCCGGUUUUCAGAAGCAUUGACCUUUAUUUUGACCCAGGUAUGGUUUGGGUGCUAUAUUGAGUCUAAUAUUUAUCCCAUCAAUUUUAGGGAUAGCUAUGGCUUCUACCCCCUCUUUGUGACAUUAAGCAGGAGAAUUUGGGCUCCUGAGGCCCUUGAGACCAAAAAAGGGCUAGGUCCUGGGAGACCAAUUUAAAGUUAACAAGACUGAAAAGUUGGGAUUUGUUUUUUUGUUUGUUUGGGUUUUUUUUUGUUUUGUUUUGUUUUUUUGUUUUAAGGCCCUGGCUGGGAAGUCCUGGGCAGUCCAGUUCUGCCACUGCAACACCCCUCUGAGUAGUUUUGUCAGGAGUGCUCAUUGACAUAAAAAGUGCCCUCAGAAAAAAAAGGGAAGUCAUAAUGUGGAAUCCAUACAUGAACCCAGCAUUUUAAGAUUAAGGGUAUGUGAUUACAGUUUACCUUUCUAGAUAUUUGAGACUUUCUUCCACCUGUCAAAAGGUACCUAGAGCUCUGUAGACACGAUUAUGAGUGGAGGGUUCCAUGAUUUCAUCAGAUACAAAAAAAACAGGUCCUAGAGAAAAUAGGAAUUAUGUCUUUCCCUAUUGAGAAUGUUUGGAGGAUUUAUAAUAAAUAUCUCCAAGGAAACAUGAA